UUUGUGCCGUGCCGCAUUUUGUGUGUCGUGCCUGUGUGUGUGUUGUGUGAGUGGAUUUAACGUAUAGUACAGUGAAACGAGAGUGCGAUAGCUAAAUUAUUCAUCGCGAACUUUUAAUACACACUCGCGCAUUCGUUUCUGCGGCGUGAAAGAGAACGCGAAUGUACGCAUAGAAUUUUUGCGUGCGAACGACGGUUGAGCUGCCGAAUUGAGAAGCCGAGAGAUGCGCCACUGCUACUACUGUUGUUGUUGUUGUUGUUGAAACUGUCGCGUGCUUUGUGUAUUAUUUACGAGAUACAUCUGCAUCGUCAUCAUCAUCAUCUCGUUGGUGCGUGAUGAGCACGACGAGAAGACGCCAGCAUCUUCUUCUAUUACAUCGAUUAGUAGCCAAUGAUCGCAAGAUUUCCGGUGCCUGCUGCGUAGGACAUUUGCCAGCAGGAUGGGCAAGCUCUUGUCAAAAAUCUUUGGCAACAAGGAGAUGCGCAUUCUCAUGUUAGGCUUGGAUGCAGCUGGAAAAACUACUAUUUUAUACAAACUCAAAUUAGGACAGUCAGUUACAACUAUACCUACUGUUGGCUUCAAUGUGGAAACAGUGACAUAUAAAAAUGUGAAAUUCAAUGUCUGGGACGUAGGUGGACAGGAUAAAAUCCGUCCUUUAUGGCGACAUUACUAUACAGGAACACAAGGACUUAUUUUUGUUGUAGACUGUGCUGAUAGGGAUAGAAUAGAUGAAGCACGCCAGGAGCUACACCGAAUCAUAAAUGAUAGAGAAAUGCGAGAUGCCAUUAUUCUAAUAUUUGCCAAUAAACAGGAUCUUCCAGAUGCUAUGAAACCACACGAGAUCCAGGAGAAACUCGGUCUGACGCGGAUACGCGAUCGAAAUUGGUUUGUUCAGCCGUCUUGUGCUACAACGGGGGAUGGACUUUACGAAGGACUCACGUGGUUAACUAGUAAUCACAAGUUAUGAGCAAUAGUUCAAUAGAUAAGUCAUCUGGACAAAUUAAACACCAUUACGUCAAUGUUUACAGCCAUGUGUGUUAAUGCUUUUCGCUGCUACCACGUUUUGAUUCGUGUGUAGCAAAUACACAGGACAAUAUAGUGAUUAAGUGUACAAGAUUCUAAGGACAUGUGAAAAAAGUAGAUUAGUGCAAGAUGUGCGUGAUCGGUUAUUGUAUAUCAAAUUUACAUCCCUGCCAUCCUUCUCACCCUUUUCCUAGGGUUAGUUCAGAUUUUCUUAAAUUUUAUGCCAGGGAUAUUACGUGUAAAAAGUUAUUUAUAAAUGUAAAAUUCGUUAACGUAUAGCUCUGAAUACAUAUAAAAUAUUAUAUAUCACUCUCCUUCCCUCCGAAAAAAGCGUAUCCUUUUUGAAAGAUAUAAUGUCCAAAAGAAGUUUGGACGUAUUAAAAAAAAAUAACAAUACUGUAUGACAAAGUAAGCAAAAAGCACGAAGUUAUAAUAUUGCGGUAUGUAAGAAAUUAAUUAUGUGCACAACGUGACUUGUUAAAAAAACGUCUGAUAUAAUUUUGCUUUUUAUUAGCUUUUGUACAUGCAUUUUUUCUAUAUUUUGUUUCCAUUUGUACAAGCAUAUAAAAAUUAUAUUAAAAAAUUUGAGACAUCGAGAGUAUGUAUGAUAAGAAAAUCAUACAAUACCAAUAUUUAUUAAUAAAUGAACAAUGAAAAUUGACACAUUAAUAAAAUCCUGACCACUUUUCAUCCAACACUUCCAGUUAUACUUGUUAUCAAUGUAAUAUUAAAUGAUAUUAUUGUGAACAAACCGAAAGGAUAACGAUGAUCAAACUAAAAAUCGUAUUACAGUAAUAAGCGAGGUAUAAAAAAAAAAUGAAAAUAUUUUAGAGAUUAUUUUUUAUGUGUCAUUCGUCGAAAUAAUUAAAUAGGUGCUCGCAUAAUGGUUCGAGUAUUCGUUGAAAUCGAAAUGUAUAAAGACCGUUUCAUAGUUGUUAAGGAGAUAAGAAAGAAAAAAAUCAUUAUUCGCGCUUAUGAGAAUCGAAAGGUCUCCAAGUUAUGAUUCGAUUAUAUCUAUAUUAUAGAGCUGAAAUUUCAGAAAUCUCAUGUUUUAAUUAAGAUCUGCUAAACGUAGACUGUCAUCGACUUUUAAUAAUACGCUAGACUCAAAACAUUAAUUGUACAUCAGUGCCACUCAUUUUGCUGAAAUGUUGACUUAACUUCAAUUGUCGUCGACUUGUAAUUCGAAAAAAAGACCAAUACGAUCAAUCGAGAUUGUAUUAUAUUACAGAAAAAGUGAGCAAUGAUUGUGGUCAAAAAAGACGCAAAAACAUCUGUUGAAAUAAAUUACUAGUAAAAGACACUCAUUCGUUUUUCACGAUCAUAAUGUAAUGGUUAAUAAAUAACAAUGCCAAUUGUGGCAGUAGAUACAUUGUAUAAUCUGACGAGAUGUGAUAGUUGAUUUUGACUUUUUCACACGAAUGAACAUUCACUCGUCAUGUCUUCUUUGAUAGUCAAGCGUUAAUUUUACUGAUGAUGAACAAUGUAUAAUAAAAACAAUAUCUAUUUGAGCACGCAAUUGUAAUGUGUUCGAUAUUAAUGAGGAAACCGCAACCGGAAAGUAGCAACUCAAAUAGAUUCUCUGACUGUCAAUAAUUUUGAAAAAAAUUCUCAAACAUGUAUACAUAGUAUAAAUAUUCUCUGUUGGUGAAUGCAGCAAAACAAGUGUUCGACGCACUUAUAAUUUAUAGUCAAUGGGAUAGAUAUAAUUUAAAUAUACUAAAAAAUGAUAUAGAAUCGAUUUUUAGGAAAAAAUGUUAACGCUUAGAAUAACGAAUGUUGAUGAGAAUCGUUAUUUCGAAUUUUUUAUAAGAUAAAAAAAAACCAAUAACAUGUAUUGCAAUAGAUUGUAAUUCGUUCGAGAGACGAUAAGUACAUGUUGUUAAAUCGAAUAUUUUGUAAAGGAUUAUUCAAAUCUUUAUUUGCGAAUCGGUGAAAGAUUGUGAGAAUGAAUAUUAGAAAAAAAAGGAGGUGUUCACGCUUGAUAAUUUACAAUUUUUUAUAAAUCUAUAUGUGUACUCCUUUUUAGAGUAAAAAAAGAAACGAGAAAAACGAAAUUAUCGUCGAGUUGAUGAAUCUGAUUGAUGAUCGUGUUACAUUCCACAAGCGCCAUGUACAACUUAAUUAGGUUUAAAGAUGGAAAAAAAUAACGAUUGUCUAUUACAUAAUUUACAUAAAAAAA